AUUACAAUAUUUGUUGUGGGAUUCUGCCGGCGGCAUUUUUCUCCCGGUGCACGAGAGGGCGCUGCUCAGCUCAGAACCGCGCGGUCACCGGCCGACCGAGAAGAAGAGGUUUUUACCAUGGAGCAUCGGCUCUAAACAUCCAAACAGAUUGCAAUUAUUGAUCUACAUCUUGCGCCAUGAAUCGGCCGAAGCCGACCAGCCUUAGGCGCCCCAGUGGUGCCAAAACAUCAGGUCACCCUCCACCAGGAGAUUUCAUCGCUUUAGGAGCCAAAAGUCAGGCGAGCGAGACUAAAGCAAACCCGGCUCUGCUUAAACCAGCAUCUACAGGAUUGCCCCCGGACCGCAAAAGAGAGGCUUCGUCAGCUUUACCCUCAUCCUCAGGCUUGUCCAACCUCACUAAACGCCCCAAGCACUCUGCCACUCCACCCAGUGCACUCGCACGUCUUGCUGAAGUAGCUGCUGUUGACAAAAGAGCAAUUUCACCCUCUAUUAAAGAGCCAUCUGUGGUGCCUAUUGAAGUUCCUCCGGCUGUAUUACUGGAUGAGAUCGAGGCAGCUGAGGCUGAUGGCAACGAUGAGCGUAUUGAAGGAUUGCUGUGUGGUGCAGUCAAACAGCUGAAGAUGAACCGGGCCAAGCCGGACAUCACUCUGUACCUCAGUCUCAUGUUCCUUGCCAAGAUCAAACCCAACGUAUUUGCAACUGAAGGAGUCAUUGAGGCUUUGUGCAGCCUCCUUCGGCGUGAUGCCUCUAUUAACUUUAAGGCCAAGGGGAACAGCCUGGUGUCCGUUCUGGCCUGCAAUCUGCUGAUGGCAGCGUAUGAAGAGGACGAGAACUGGCCUGAGAUUUUUGUCAAAGUGUACAUUGAGGACUCUCUAGGUGAGAGAAUCUGGGUGGACAGCUCCCACUGUAAAACAUUCGUAGACAACAUACAGACUGCAUUUAACACCAAGAUGCCCCCGAAGACCAUGCUGCUGCAGACCGAAACGACCCGCUCAGGAGGAGAUAUGAGUGCAGGAAACAGUCCUCAUCCUUCCACUCCAGAUGAGGAUGACAAUCAAACUGAGUUCCUAAUUGCAGAGGAGAAGCUUAGUCCUGAAGAUGAAGGGCAGGUUAUGUCCAGGUACGAUGAGUUGGCAGAUAGUGUGGAGGACUACGUGCUGGAUGUUUUAAGGGACCAACUAAAUCGCAGACAACCCAUGGACAACGUAUCCCGAAACCUGCUGCGCCUGCUAACAGCCACCUGCGGUUACAAGGAGGUUCGACUAAUGGCUGUACAGAGGCUGGAGAUGUGGCUGCAGAAUCCAAAGCUGACAAGACCAGCACAGGACCUCCUCAUGUCCCUGUGCAUGAACUGUAGAACCCACGGCGCUGACGACAUGGACGUGAUCUCCAACCUAAUCAAGAUUCGUCUUAAGCCUAAAGUUCUCCUCAAUCAUUACAUGCUGUGUGUCCGGGAGCUCCUGAAUGCACACAGAGAUAACCUGGGCACCAUGAUUAAGCUCGUGAUCUUUAAUGAGCUGUCCAACGCCAGAAAUCCGAACAACAUGCAAGUGCUUCAUACAGUCUUGCAGCACAGCCCAGAGCAGGCCCCAAAGUUCCUGGCCAUGGUAUUCCAGGACUUGCUGACUAACAAGGAUGAUUAUUUGCGUGCAUCUCGUGCUCUGCUCAGAGAGAUCAUCAAGCAGACCAAGCAUGAAAUCAACUUCCAGUCUUUUUGCCUGGGCCUCAUGCAGGAGAGGAAGGAGGCCUUAUAUGCUGACAUGGAGUUUAAAGAGCGUUUUGUUAUCCAGGUGACGGACCUGUUAACAGUGUCCAUGAUGCUGGGCAUCACAGCACAAGUUAAAGAAGCUGGCAUUGCAUGGGACAAGGGAGAAAAGAAGAAUCUGGAAGUUCUCAGAGCUUUUCAGAACCAGAUUGCAGCCAUCCAGAGAGAUGCUGUGUGGUGGCUGCACACUGUGGUUCCUUCCAUCAGCAAACUGGGACCGAAAGACUAUGUGCACUGCCUCCACAAAGUGCUAUUCACAGAGCAGCCUGAAACAUAUUACAAGUGGGAUAACUGGCCUCCGGAAAGUGACAGAAAUUUUUUCCUUAGGCUGUGUUCAGAGGUUCCUUUGCUGGAGGACACGCUGAUGCGCAUCCUGGUGAUUGGGCUGUCCCGAGACCUGCCUUUGGGCCCAGCAGACGCCAUGGAACUGGCUGAUCACUUGGUGAAGAGAGCUGCCGGAGCGCAGUCAGACGAUUUGGAUGUGUUGCAUGUGGAGAGGAUUCAGCUUAUCGAUGCUGUCCUGAACUUGUGUACAUACCAUCACCCAGAGAUUAUCCAGCUUCCUGCAGGGUAUCAGCCUCCAAAUCUGGCCAUAUCAACUCUCUACUGGAAAGCUUGGCUCCUGCUGCUUGUUGUGGCAUCCUUCAACCCUCAGAAAAUUGGUCUGGAUGCUUGGGAGGGCUACCCCACUUUGAAAAUGCUUAUGGAGAUGGUUAUGACCAACAACUACUCCUAUCCACCCUGUACGGUGGCUGAUGAGGAGACAAAGGCGGAGAUGAUUAGCCGUGAGCUUCAGGUCUCCCAGAAGGAGCGUCAGGAGAUCCUGGCCUUCGAAAGCCACCUGGCAGCUGCGUCCACCAAGCAGACCAUUACGGAAAGCAGCAGCCUGCUGCUGUGCCAGCUUACCAGCCUGGAGCCAAAGGGUCCGCCACGCAGACCACCACCACACAUCCAGGAACAGCUGAAGAGUCUGAACCAGUCACUACGUUUGGGACAUCUCUUGUGCCGCAGCCGCAAUCCAGACUUCCUCCUCAACAUCAUCCAGAGACAGGCAUCUUCCCAGUCCAUGCCAUGGCUGGCAGACCUGGUCCAGUCCAGUGAAGGGUCGUUGGACGUACUGCCUGUUCAGUGCCUGUGUGAAUUCCUCCUCCAUGAUGCAGCUGACGAGACACCAUCUGCUGAUGACGAAGAAGAAGGAGAGAGCAAAGAGCAGAAAGCAAAGAAAAGACAGAGACAGCAAAAGCAGAGACAACUCUUAGGACGGCUGCAAGAUCUGCUGUUGGGGCCUAAGGCAGACGAGCACACAACCUGUGAGGUGCUGGACUACUUCCUGCGCAGACUUAGCUCUUCUCAGGUGGCAUCCAGAGUGCUUGCUAUGAAGGGUCUGUCCUUGGUCCUUUCCGAGGGAGGGAUAAAGGAUGGGGAAGAGCGGGACCAGGUGAUGGAGGAUGACUCCAGGGAUGCGGAGCUGCUUCCUACCUAUCAGUGGCUCUUGCAGGACCUACCCAAUCUGCCGUUGUUUGACAGCGUGAGAGGCAUGACUGCCAGCGCCCUGCAGCAGGCCAUUCACAUGGAGACUGAUCCUCAGACCAUACGUGCCUAUGUGAUCUACCUCUCCCAGCAUGCACCAGUAGGGGAGCAGGGCCUGCACAAUGAUCUAGCACUGGAUGUAGCUCGGCUGAUCGUGGAGCGCUCCACCAUCAUGAACAGUCUAUUCUCAAAGCACCCAUGCAGGCCAGAGUCAGACGCAACACUCACCGCCCUCCUGUCUAUCUUCUCUACCUACAUCUGUCGUAUGAGGAAAACCAAGGAAGGAGAGGAUCUUUACAGCUGGUCUGAGUCUCAGGACCAGGUGUUUCUGCGCUGGACAACAGGAGAAACAGCUACAAUGCAUAUUCUGGUGGUCCAUGCCAUGGUCAUCCUGCUCACGUUAGGACCACCCAAAGCAGAUGAAAGUGAGUUCCUCACUCUACUAGAAAUCUGGUUCCCUGAUAAAAAACCCCUUCCUACUGCUUUCCUGGUGGACACAUCAGAGGAAGCUUUGCUCUUACCCGAUUGGCUAAAACUGAGGAUGAUCCGCUCAGAAGUAUCCAGACUGGUUGAUGCAGCAUUGCAGGAUUUGGAGCCGCAGCAGCUGCUGCUGUUUGUGCAGUCCUUCGGCAUUCCAGUGUCCAGCAUGAGCAAACUGCUGCAGUAUUUGGACCAGGCCGUCUCCCAUGACCCACAGUCACUGGAGCAGAACAUCAUGGACAAGAAUUACAUGGCUCAUUUGGUGGAGGUGCAGCAUGAGAGAGGUGCAACAGGAGGACACACGUUUCACAGUUUACUCAGUGCAUCGAUUCCAACACGCAGAGACAGUGCAGAGUCGAGUAGGGUGAAAAUGGCAGUAGAUCCUCCACACAGCUUGGUGAAGAUGAGAGCCGUGAGUCAGUUGCCUGUCAUCGGCCCUGACGAUGAUCUCGCCGCCAUUCUGCUGCAGCUGUUCCCAGUGAAGAUGGACCCACGCUGGCCCACGACCCGAUCCCGCCCCUUGGCCUUGGCCCUGCAGCAGGUUCUUGCUAAAGAAGUGUUGCUGGCACGAAAGGGAAUGGGUCAGCAGGGUGGAACAGCUGCACGAGUCCUGCAGGCCCUUGCAGCCCUGCUCGGGUCGGCCCACGCUGGAUCUCUGGUAGUGGCGAUGCAUCAUAGUCAUGCUUUUUUGUGCCCUUUGCUGCGUCAGCUGCAUCUCUACCAGAUUGCAUCCCAGGAUGUGGCUUUCAGUUCACUCUUUUUUAAGGUGGUCAUGCAGAUGUUAACCUGGUUGGAGAGCUCUGCACUGGAGGCAGGGCCGCUUAUCAACCUGCUGAAGUCUCUGGUGGCGCAGUAUUCUCACAAGCACCACAUCACCGAUGUACAUACAGGUUUUCUGCACCUGGCAGAGGCACUCGCAUACAGACGGGAUUCAGAGGUGGCUGUGAGGGGCAUCAUCGCCUCGCUAAGAGCGGGGGAGAAAUGCAACGCUGCGCCUGAACUCAUCAGGAAAGUCUUACAGGGAUUAAUGGAGGUGAAGUCACCAUACCUGGAGGAACUGCUGUCCCUACUCAUGACUGUUGGCAUGCAGACGGGCACACCUGGUAACACAGCUGGUCCUGUUGCCAUGGUAAUCCUGUUGCUGCUACAGGAGACCGAAGAGCGAGGGGUGAAGCUGGAGGCAGAAUCUAAAAUUAUUUCUGAAGGGAAGAGAACCAGUUCCAGCUCAGGGCUGUUAGUUGAUUGGCUGGAGUUGCUCGACCCAGAGGUGACCUCUGUGUGCUCAGACCUCCAGCAGAAAUUACUCUUCUCAGUUAACAAGAGUAAAGGCUCUGGAGUGUGUGCAGUCCCUUCCUACAGGCCCUACCUGCUGGCUCUGCUUACACACCAGUCCAACUGGAGCACUUUGCAUCAGUGCAUCACCACUUUGCUUAACAAGCCUAAAGAGCACAGCGUGGACCCCUCCUCAGCUUUGGACUUCCUGUGGGCAUGCAGUCACAUCCCUCGCAUCUGGCAAGGCAGAGAUCAGAAAACUCCACAGAAACGCACUGAGAAGAUUGUCUUGAAGCUGACCAGUGAUGAGUUGAUCAGUCUGGUGGAUCUGAUCCUUUGGGAGUCAGAACUGAGCUGGAGAGACACAGGCAAAGCUGAUGAGACUCUAGACCAGGCCUCCUGUUCUCUUAUCCAGUCCCGUCUGCCCCUGCUGCACAGCUGCUGCCACAGCGACCCCCAGAAUGUCCACACGGUCUGCGAAUACCUGCUCAACUGCAUCAAGAAGUGGGGGAACAGUGUGAUGAGCAGGAGGUGCGAGAAUCUUCUGCUGCAAAUAUACCUCCAGUUCCCCGAGGUCAUCCAGCAUGUACGUCUGCCAGAUGCUGCGCUGGUUGGAGAAGCCGCUGCUGACGGAAGCACCUGCAAGCUGGACAUCCUGGUGCAUCGUCUCAUCACACUUAUGGCCGACACUGGAGAGUCCAAAUCAGCAGAGAGUCGUGUGUUCGAUGCAACCCUGGCUUGCAGGAGGUUAUCUGUGUCCCACCCUGUACUUCUGCUCAGACACCUGCCUAUGGUUGCUGCUCUUCUGCAUGGCCGGAUCCACCUGAACCUGCAUGAGUUCAGGCAGCAGCACCAUAUGACUUUCUUUAGUGACGUUUUGGCCUUCCUGGAGUUGCUGCAGCCGCGUGUGUUUCACCCUGACCACCAGAGGGCGCUGCAGGACUGCUUACUGUCCUUUAUUAAAGUCCUACAGAAUUUCAGAAGACUGUCCCGUAUGCCGAUCAUUAACAAGUUUGUGCAGUUCAUUCAGAAAUACAUUACUCAUGACGCAGCAGCUGCCGUGCCUUACCUUCAGAAGCACUCUGAUAUUCUACAGGGUCUUGCCUCAGAGAAUCCAGACCUGGUGCAGCUAAAAUCCCUGCUAGCUGGUCUUACUCUGCCUGUGAAGACGUGCUCUUCAGACGCCGCUUCAGAGGACAGAGAUGCUGAGGACUCUUCCUCCGGUUCCCUGCCUCUGGUCAGUAUCUCAGCCUCUACAGCACUUAGCACUGCGGAUAUGACCAAGUACCUGAAGAAGAUUUCAGGAGGAGAAGCCAUUGAAGAUGUGUUGGAUGUCUUGACCGAGGUGGAUGAGAAGUCGAAGAGAAAUCCGGAAAUAAUCCAGUAUUUUGUGAGUGAUCUGCAAAGGCUGAUGAGCUCACCUGAGGAACUGUGUCGGAACAUGGCUUUUAGACUCGCGCUGCGCUGCGUUCAGAACACUCCCAGCCUGGCGUCAGACUUCCUGCCCACCUUUAUGUACUGCAUGGGCAGUGGGAACUAUGACGUUAUCCAAACAACCCUGAGGAACCUUCCAGAAUAUGUUCUCCUCUGCCAAGAACAUGCUGAUAUUCUGCUCCAUAAAGCAUUCUUAGUUGGGAUCUAUGGCCAGAUAGACACCAGCUCUAUGAUCGCAGAAUCCAUGAAAGUCCUGCACAUGGAGGCCACAACAUAGCCUUUGUUAUUUGAGGUUUGAUUUUUAGCUGCCUUAAACCUGAAGGUCGUGCAGUUAAAAUAAAUAAAAACAACAACAAAAAAAAACAGAUUAACAUCAA